UGCACAUCAUUUGUAUUUUUAGGCCAAUUCUCUGACCUUACAUUAUCCGUGAUCCCAUUUAAGCCUGAAGAAGGUACUGCCAUGACCAUAAUAUGCUCACUGAAGACUGACUCGAACAGAAAUAAUACAGGAAUGACAUUUGCUUUCCAUAAAAAUGGACACGUUGUGCAGGAAUUUGGAUCAAACAAUACAUAUCACAUUUCCUCACCGACUCCAAAGGAUUCUGGGAAUUAUACCUGUGAUGUAAAAACUCAAUUCAGUGCCACAAGGAAAACAACUAAGCAUGUAAAGGUACAAGAAUUGUUCUCUGACCCUGAACUAAAAGUGAACCAUUAUCCAGUGGCAGAAGGUGCCAAUGUGACAAUAACAUGUAGCAGUUACAGCUCCUAUAGUUCAGCGGUGCUGCAGUUUGCUUUCCACAGAAAUGGGAAACAUGUAAAGGAAUUCGGUUCAUCCGAGAAAUACCGGAUUGACAAUAUUCACCGGAAUGAUUCUGGGAAUUAUACCUGUGAAGUGAGAACAAGAGAUGACAAGGUCAAGAAAAUGAGCCAGAUGCUCAGCAUUCACGUACAAGGUAAAUCAGUACUAAAGAAUAUUAUUUCAUUAUUUUUCAAUGGGAACUGUGGGAGACUGAUCAUGAAAGUGAUGGAAGCCUGA